UUGAACUCAUACUCUACUGGACACUUCUGGACAUCAAGCGCGGAUUAGAAUCGAAUCAUUUGUCGUUAAUUGACUGUAGGUUCCUCAGUGUUCUUUCACUUCACACGAACCUGACGUCAUUCACACUAGCACGCUGUUUUAUUUUUGGCUCUAUGGCAAUUUCAACAGCACACUGCGCUGUGCAGCCGCGACGCGAUUGGCUGAAACUUGGAGCUGCCGGAAGUCAAUCCCAGGACUCUGAUUGGCGGUCGCUGCCUUUGUGCGCGCGGCAGCUGCUUCUCUCGGCUGCAGUAUUUAGAAUGGUCGUGCUGAAUGACCGCAGAGACGCUCAGGGCUUGGGUGACUCUGAUUGGCUGAGGCUGGGGUUUCAGAAGACGUAUACGUGGUCGCUGAUUGGCUGGUGCUCUCUUUGUGCGCGCGGCGUCUCGGCAGCUGCGUUUUGAAUGGUCCUGCGUUUGAGAAGCCGAAAAGGCGUCCAUGGGCAAAAGGAGUCAGGAUGGUGUUAGUUCAUGUCGGAUAUCUGGUUCUUCCCGUGUUUGGUUCAGUAAGAAGCAGAGGUACUCAUUUCAGCAGGCACCAGCACAGCCAUGCUACAUCCUGCCGACAUUUCCACCUGGCCACACCCCUUCCUACUGAGUUCCCGCCAACCGGCCUUGCGGCCCCACAGUACCAGGAAGUCCCACCCACUUUCCUACCUCAGGCCUUACAGCAGCAAUACCUCAUACAGCAGCAGCUACUGCAGCGCAGACGUACACAAGAGCGUGUUCCUCUCAACACACACCGGUUACGCCCAGGAUAUGAUUAUUCCCCUCCCAUGCACAUUCCUCAGCCAAUCACACAACAGCCCAGAUACCUAGCCGAGGGCACAGACUGGGACCUGAGCGUGGACGCGGGUUUGUCACAUCAGUACUCGCUGCAGCAGAUCCCACAGCCCUACCAGCACUACUUAGCCUCUCCCAGAAUGCACCACUUCCCCCGGAAUACUUCGUCUACGCAAGUGGUUGUCCACGAGGUAAGGAAUUAUCCGUAUCCCCAGCUGCACCUACUGGCUCUGCAGAGUUUAAGCCCCAGCCGACAUGCUUCUGCUGUACGGGAGAGUUAUGAGGAAUUGCUCCAGCUGGAGGAUCGUUUGGGCAGCGUGAGCCGAGGAGCCAUCCAGACCACCAUUGAGAGGUUUACCUUCCCUCACAAGUAUAAGAAGCGGAAGCCGUUGGACAUGAAGCUGUGUGAUGAUGAGGAGGAGUCCGACUUGGAUGAGAAAUGCACCAUCUGUCUGUCCAUGCUGGAGGAUGGCGAGGACGUCAGGCGAUUACCCUGCAUGCACCUCUUUCAUCAGGUGUGUGUGGAUCAGUGGUUGGCCACCAGCAGGAAGUGUCCCAUAUGCAGAGUGGACAUCCAGACACAGCUAACACCUGAGAGCUGAAAUACACACACACACACACACACACACACAUACACACACACACACUGACUCAGUUCACAUUUAGGAAUUGAAGCAUAUAGACGUACAGACACAGCUCAGAAAUGAGCUCAGGAACACAAACCUCAUGCCAACAGUUUAAAGACAUCUACUCAGAUACAAAACCCAUUUAUACUCAUGCCAUCAAUAAGUCAAAGGUAGACAAACACACACACACACACACACACACACACACACACAUACACACAGACUCUCUCUCUAGUGUACAUAGUGGCCUACACUACAUUCUCUGCCUAUAUACACAGGGUCAGCGCUCUCUCUCUCUCUCUCUCUCUCUCAAACACACACACACUCAUACAUCCACUUUACUGAGACAAUUCAGACUCUGUUACUGUUCUCUGUCAUGCACACACAGGUGUUAGAGUAAUGUAAGGAUGAUAUUAAGAGUAACCUGUCUGUGUGUGUGUGUGUGUGUGUGUGUGUGUGUGUGUGUGUGUGUAUUAGUAGCAUCUGUGUGUGUGUGUGUUUGUGUAAUUCUAAAGCCAUGCCCCUAAUGAAAGACUUUAUACAAGCUCUAGUCAGGGUCUGCAAGACUCCGAGCUUGCAGACAACACACACAUAUGCUUAACUGCUGCUCGGGAGCAGGUGUGUGCGCAUUUCUUUCAUGCUGCAGCUAUUUCAGUAGUGUGUAUGUGUGGAGACUACAUACCUUGUGUGUGUGUGUGUGUGUGUGUGUGUGUGUGUGUGUGUGUGUGUGUGCUUCAAUGUGGAGGAUCAUAGACAAUAGUUAGCUGUGCACUAACAUUCUUAUAGAAAAGCCAAAAUUACACACACACACACACACACACACACACACACACACAGGAAAAAAAAGAAAGCAAAAUAAUAAUAAUAAUAAUAAUAAUAAAAUAACAGAAGCAUCUGUCAGAAUUUAUUUAAAUGAGGGAGGGGCAGAACACAAAGGUCUCCAAUCCAAGAAGUUAGGAGACAAGGGGAGAUUGGGAUUGGCGGGUGUGUAGAUAGGGGAUGGGGCUCUCCAGUGUAGUAGCUGCAUGCCUCUGUGUUUGGGCUGUUCUGUAAUUGUAUGCGUGUGUGUGUGUGUGUGUGUGUGUGUGUGUGUGUGUGUGUGAAAAAUAAUUCUGCAUGAGUGUAAAUUAGCCCCUUUAAGCUGUGAUGAUCUGUAACACUAGCAGACUGAUGUAGCGUGUGAGUGUGUG